UCGGAGCGGGGCGCGGCUGCACCGGCGGCCCGCUGAGGUGAGGGGGGUGUCCUUGCGCUGUGGCAGUUCCGCUGCGUGUGAAAGGCCUGCGUGGGCAGCCUCCUGGUUACCGGCCUGCCUGUUGCACCCUGCCUGCGUGGGGGCUGAGGCACGUGGUGGUUAAGGAGGAGGGGGCUGGUUUUUGAUGCCAGAAGAACAAAGUCAAACUAUAAUGGCAGUUGAUGAACUUCAAGCCAUAAUACAAAGAUGCCAAAUUCUAGAAGAAGCUGAUUUCAAAGGGGAAGAUUUUAAUCUGUUUCAGGUAGCAGGUCAGAAAUGUUUAGAAGAUGGGUAUGCAGCUGAGUUAUUAGAAGUGAUUAAAAAUGAGAAAAAUAAGGUUAUCAUCAAGAAUAUGGGUUGGAACCUCCUGUCUCCUCUUGUUAGAUGUAUUUUCAUGUAUAAACAGGAAGAUGAAAAGCGGGAACACUGUCUGAAGAUAUUAGAUCAGUUAGCACAGUUGUGCUAUCCAAAGGAACUUUUUUUGGGUUUACUUGAGGAGAUUGAGCAGACCUCUCAAGAGCAAGUGUGCCAAACUGUCAUGUUACUGCUUCAGCCUUUGCAGACAGUGCUUUUGAAACUUCAGAACAAGAAGGCCUACUCAGUGGGUAUCUCUUUGGCCAUGAUUAUGAACCAGCUUACUUCCUUACCUGUACCUUAUACAAAACAACAAAUACAAGAAGAUAAACUUGGUCUCUGUCAGUGUUGUAAUGCAGUGGUGGACUUUGCUAAACCUUUUGUGAAUGAAGUUGUUAAAAACAUGGAAAAGUCGUCAGAAGACAAUGAAAUGGAGCUGAAAGAAGAAUUACUAAAAUUCUGUAUGAAAAGCCUGAAAUACCCGUUAUUGACAGCUCAGCUUGAGCAACUUGAAGGCAUUGAAGAACAUCCCUUUCGGCAUUUUGCAAAUGAAAUUGUAGACAUUUUGUGGGCAGUAAGAGAGUUGAUACCAUUAAUGUUUUUACAUCGUAAAGGCAAAAGUCUACACUGGGAGAAUCAGGAGUUUGCAGACAUAGAGAGAGAGAAUUCUGCAGAUUCUUUGGCAUGUCUGUCAUAUCUGAUGUUUGUUCAGCAUUUUGGUAUUGAUCGCUUUCCUGUGGUAUUUAGUCCAUCAUACCUUCUGCAAUGCAAUAUGAUGCAUAUUGAAGUGCUGUUGAAAAGAACAGAAGAAUCUAUGUUAUCUAAAGGACUUGAUUUGUUUGAGAGCUGCUUGUUGAGAAUGGAAGAUAACAGCCUUCUCCAUCAGUAUUUGGAGUUCAGAGAUUUCAUUAACGUACCUCAGGAUUUGGUGAAAGUUAUGACCCUUUGUCCCAUAGAGCAUCUGAGAAAGAAGAGUUUAAAUAUUUUGCAGUUGUUCAUAGACAAAUUUAGUCCAGAGGGAAAAUAUACAUUAUUCAGGUGUUUACUGAAGACAAGCAGCCAUGCUGGUGUGGAAGGAUACAUUAUUAAAAACAUAAAAGAUCAGAUUCACUUAUCACUAACGAAGGCAUGUGACAACAUUUGGUUUACAGGGCAUCACCUGAUCUCCCUUCUAGAUGCAGUGCUUUUCCUUCCAGAAGGAGCUGAGACUGAUCUUCUGCAAAACUCAGAUAGGAUUAUGGCAUCACUAAAUCUACUAAGAUACUUAGUCAUUAAGGAUUGUGAAAGUGAUAAUCAAACUGGUGUAUGGACCACACUUGGCAAGAUUCAGCAAAAUUUUUUAAAACCACUGCAUGUAGGACUCAAUAUGUCAAAAGCUCACUAUGAAGCAGAAAUCAAGAAUAAGAAAGAAAACAGAAGAGAGGCACACAGUUCUAACACAGUUUGUUCUGUAACUGUUGGUGGGGAAAAGAUGCCUCCCAUGACUACUGAAAUGCAGCUUCAGGUUUUACACUCGGCUCUCUUCACAUUUGAUUUAAUAGAAAGUGUUCUAGCUCGAGUAGAAGAACUCAUUGAAGCGAAAAUAAAAGCUGUAACAGAUGAAAAUAGUUGUGUCAGCUGAAGUACUUGAAUUAACACACUUCUUAUAAGAUCAUUUUGACUAUAAAUCUUCAGUUGAAAAGGAGGCUCCCAGCCUCUAAAGAAGAGCAACUUAGAGUGCUCUGCAGAAGAAUCGUAAAUGCUCCUCUUUGUAUUUCUUGCUGCUGUGUUUUUCUCUUGCUAUAGUUGUAUGGGAUUCACAGAGAUGGCCUACUUACUGAAGUACCCCUCUUCAGAACCUAAUGCUUCUUCUUAAGUUUAGAAACUAAAAACAAGGGGUUUUUUGUUUGUAUGCUGUGGCAAGGAGGUAUGGUUGUGCAUUUAUUUUUCUGUUUAUUUUCAAAAUUUGUUAGAUAAUAGCUUUGUGGACUGGUGUUGUGAAUGAUGAAGAUUUUAAUAAAGAGACUGGAGAGCCAUUCAUUAAAAAACACUGUUUAAGCACAA